AUGGAAAAGAAAAUUAAAGCCGCGCAGUUAAAAAAGCGCCAAGCUCAAACGCUGAUCAAGAACAUUGAGCAGUUCAAAUUGAACUAUUCUGAUAGUGAUGUGAAUGAAAUUCCCGUGUGUUUGGAACAGUUGGAGCAACAUAAUGCCAAUUUUAUGGAUGCAAUCUCCAAACUCGAGGAGUUGGAUGAGUCCGCGGAAUCUCUAGAAACGUAUUUGCAAGAAAGGUGCGAAAUGGACAAUGUGUAUCGCAAAUUAAAGGGAUUCUUGCUUCAGAAGCAGCCAUGUGAAGCAAAUCCGCUAAAUGCUUCAGUGUUGUUUGCGAACACGAGUGUUGGUUCGUCGGGUCAUUCGGGACCAAGCUUACGACUCCCGAAAAUCGGAUUACCAUCCUUCGAUGGUGAUUCAACGAAGUGGCUCUCCUUCCGUGAUCGAUUUGUAUCGAUGAUCGAUUCGUCAGCAGAGAUUCCUCCGAUCAUGAAACUUCAGUACCUGUUGUCUUCACUGAAGGGGGAAGCCGCUUUGCUCUUCGAGCACACCACGCUGAUAGCAGACAAUUACGCUGGCACCUGGGCCGCAAUGUUGAAAACCUACGACAACCCGCGUAUGUUGAUCCGGCAAUAUCUGCGGAAAAUUCACCAUCUCCCAGCGGUAAAAUCGGAAUCUGCGGAUGAAUUGGCACACCUGGUCGUCGAGUUUAAGCGUCAUGUAGACGGCUUAGAAAAGCUGAAGGAACCUGUCGACAGUUGGGACGCUCCGCUCACCACCUUGAUUUUCUUCAAGCUGCAUCCCUCGACUAUGCUGGCUUGGGAAAAGCAUUCGUCGCAAGCACCUCGAGAUAAGUAUAAGGAUCUCAUCGAGUUCUUACAAAGUCGUGUAAUAAUUCUCAGGUCAACUCGGGAAUUCUCGGAAGACAUAAAGGUCAAUGCGGCAAUGGGGGCCGGCGGCGAGCGAAAGGUUGGAUCCAGACCGAAAUCUGCCGUGAAUGCAGCGACAACACAGCAAUCGACGCAUGGCCAGUCCAACCGCAUGCAGCUACCUUGCCCGUUGGGUUGCGAAGAGGCGCACAAUCUUCGCAGCUGUCCUGAGUUCCUGAAAGGGGAUGUCCAGCGUCGUCGAGAAGUGGUGGCGAAGGAGCAGCUAUGCUUCAACUGCCUGAACCAAAACCACCAAGUGAGAUCAUGUAAGUCACUUAAUCGUUGCAUUACGUGCAACGCCAGACAUCAUAGCUUACUACAUGACAACACACGUCCGAAAGUGUCGAUGGCGGCAAAGGCCGAUCAAGAGAUGUCAUUUCUUGAGACGGCAUUGCUUUGGGUGGUCGAUGACCAUGGUAUUCGGCAUGAAGCACGAGCGCUCUUGGAUUCAGGAUCCAUGUGCAACUUCAUUUCGGAAUCCUUAGCGCAAAAGUUGCUUACCACGCGAUCAAAGGUUAGUGUUUCGAUCAUAGGUAUCGGUCAAGCGGUACAACAGGUUAACCGAUCCGUCGUUGCUGCAGUGCAAUCGAAGUCAGGGCAGUUUGCAUCCACUAUGGAAUUUCUGAUUUUGAAAUCACCGUCUGCUGAGAUUCCAAUAACACCGAUCGACACAACAUCAUGGAAGAUUCCGACUGUCACGUUAGCAGACCCAUCAUUCCACAUCCCAGGGAAGAUCGAUAUCGUCAUCGGUAGUGAUGCAUAUUGGGAAAUGCAUACUGGAAAAAAGCGUGCACUAGGUAGAGGCAGACCAUGGUUGGUAGAGACGCCCUUCGGUUGGACAGUCUCUGGGAAUACUUCCCACACAUCGGCUUCGAGCCAUCGGUCCUGCCUCACCACCGUCAGUCAAGCUUCACUUGACACUAUGCUGCAACGCUUCUGGGAAACAGAAAGCAUCCUAGAAGGUCCCGCGUUGUCCAUAGAAGAGGACCAAUGCGAGAAGCAUUAUGCGGCCACUACAACGCGUGAUAGCCAAGGUCGAUACGUAGUAAGCUUGCCGCAGAAGACCGAUUCUGAUAUUGUACUGGGACAAUCUAGAGCGAUAGCCGAUCGACGGCUCGUUGCCGUUGAACGACGAUUGUUGAACAAUCCUGAAAUGGACAGAGAAUAUAAAAGGUUUAUGUCCGAAUACGAAACAUUGGGACACAUGAGAAAACUCACCGAACCUGUUGAUGAUAGUGCUCCGCACUAUUACAUCCCUCACCAUGCGGUGGUGAAGGAAACGAGUACGACCACGAAGGUACGUGUUGUCUUCGAUGCAUCCUGCAAGACAACAUCUGGGUACUCGUUAAACGAUACGCUGCUCAUAGGCCCUACGGUACAAGAUGAUUUGUUUACGAUCAUCUUAAGGUUCAGAAAGCACGCCAUAGCCCUAGUAGCAGAUGUCGAAAAGAUGUAUCGACAAGUUCGUCAUUGUGAAAGUGAUCACAAACUGCUACGAAUUCGGUACCGAGAAAGAUUCACCGACCCGAUAGCAACGUACGAGUUGCAAACAGUUACCUACGGUACUGCCUCAGCGCCAUUUUUGGCCACACGCACGUUGCAACAGAUUGCACACGACCACAAGGGCCAGUACCCCAAAGCGAUAGAUCCAGUUCUACACGACUUCUAUGUGGAUGAUUUAUUGACCGGUGCAGCGGACCUGGCAGAUGCCAUCGAAGUGCGCAAGCAAAUUUCGCAAAUGCUGGAUUCAGCCGGCUUUGCAUUGAAGAAGUGGGCGUCAAAUGUUCCUGCUGCACUACGAGAUGUCCCACUAGAGGAUCUUGCGAUCAAAACGAUGCACGAAUGGCAGGAUGGCCAAGCAGUAUCAACGCUAGGGUUGGUUUGGGAACCAGCCAAUGAUAUGUUCUGCUUCAAAGUCAAUCUUCCACCACCUGCUGAAGUAUUAACGAGAAGUCUGGUCUUGUCGUAUACGGCAAGUAUAUUCGACCCUCUUGGGCUAUUGGGUCCGACCAUCAUCCUGGCUAAGAUGUUCCUGCAGCGAUUAUGGAGUCUGAGGCAUGAUGGAAAUGCUUGGGAUUGGGAUCGUGCAUUACCGGGCGAGCUUCAGGAAGAGUGGAGAAGUUUCCACUCAACGCUACAUUUGCUACGCAAAGUACGUGUGCCUCGUUUUGUGUCCCAGGCUGAAAUGGUUAGCCUACAAUUGCAUGUAUUUGCUGAUGCAUCGCAAAUUGCAUAUGGAGCUUGCUGCUAUGUGAGAGCAGAAUCCAUGGGGUCAACUACGGUGCGGCUAUUAGCUGCCAAAUCAAAGGUCGUUUCUCGGGCAAACACCCAUUCGAUUGGCAGGUUGGAGCUGUGCGCCGCACGAUUAGCGACGCAAUUGUUCCAGAAAGUGAGUCGAGUGCUAACGACAUCUACGAUGACUAUCUGUUGGACCGACUCGAUGACAGUCAUGUACUGGCUGAAGUCUCCUCCUCGUCGAUGGAAACCAUUUGUGGCCAACAGGGUGGCCCAAAUACAGGAGGAAACGAGGAUAUCAUGCUGGCGUCAUGUUCCGGGGUGUCAUAACCCGGCAGAUGACAUUUCACGGGGACUAAAGCCAGACGAGUUGCUGAAGUGUGAUCGGUGGUGGCAUGGACCACAUUGGUUGGUUCUCGGCGAAGAUGAAUGGCCACAAUCGGUACCACUACCCAUGAAGGAUGACGGUGACAUCGAAGAACGAGCAAAGGUGUCACUAAUUGUCAUAGCGAAGUGUGAAAUCCGUGACAAACUCUUUGAACGGUUCUCGUCAUACAGCAAACUGAGACGAGUAAUGGGUUACUGCUUGCGAUUCAUCGAAUGCAGCCGAGCAAGCAAGGUAUCAACGAGCAAGUCCAACAAGCCGACUUCUAUCAAGGAGUUGGAAAAUGCUGUUCCUUCGCUUACAGCGACGGAACUGCGCAGUGCGGAACUGAGGUUGUGCCAGCUAGCACAACGGGAUUCAUUCGCGAAAGAGCUGGACGACCUGCAACGAGGGAAACGUGUUGGUGAAACAUCGAAGCUAAAGUGGUUGUCACCGUACCUUGAUGAAGGAGGUAUGCUACGCAUCGGUGGCCGGCUGGGAAAUGCAAACAUUUCCAAGGAUGUUAAGCACCCCAUCAUCCUUGCGGCAUCACAUCACCUAUCUACACUGUUAGUAUCAGCAUAUCAUCUGCAGUUACUACAUGCUGGUCCGCAGUUGAUGUUGGCAACGAUUCGACAACGUUUCUGGUUGAUUGGUGGUCGAAAUCUUGCAAGGAGCGUUUACCAUCGAUGUCACACUUGUUUUAAGAACAAGCCGGUAUUGGUGAAGCAGGCAGUAGCUGAUUUGCCUGAAUCACGAGUGACACCGACGAGACCAUUUGCAGUAAGCGGUGUGGACUAUUGCGGACCAUUUCUUCUGAAAUCAACGAUCCGGAACCGGAGUCCAACAAAGGCAUACAUCGCGAUCUUCGUGUGCUUCUCAACGCGGGCAGUUCACAUCGAGUUGGUGAGCGAUCUCACCACGACAGCGUUUUUGGCAGCAUUACGUCGUUUUGUCGCACGCAGGGGCAAGGUAUCUGAGUUACACUCAGAUAAUGCGACCACGUUUAAGGGAGCAGCCCACGAAUUGAACCGCAUUUAUAAAAUGUUGAAAGCUGAUGAUACCACGCGGGUGCGAUGCAGGUUUAGCUGCGUCGAUACUACUGAUACGCUGAUGGAGAAGAGCGGUCUCGAGCUUAAUCCGAUACGAUGUACUGGUGCUGCAGAUCUUCAACUUGAUCUCGAUUUCAUCUCCAUUAUCACUUCGUUUAUGAAUGUCGAAGUAUAG